CGGGCCCAACGGCCGCCAGUCUGAGGCGCCAUCUUGUUUCGGUGUGUGGGGGUUGGAGACAUUGGCGGAGCCGGUAUAAUGUUUUUAACAAUAGCAUUACUCCGAAAGAGAAUUCCUGGGAAACAAUGGAUUGGAAAAUACAGGCGACCAAGAGUGGUUACCCUUUCGAUGAAGCAGGCAAUGAUCCGAAGGUUGGAAAUUGAAGCAGAGAAUGAAUAUUGGCUGAGUCGACCUUACCUGACACGGGAACAGGAAUACAAUCAUAAUGCAGAAGAGAGACGUGCAAAAUGGGAAGCUUUGAGAAGCCUGGUAACGUCCAAGUUCCCUGAGCACAGAUAUAUCAGGGAUCACCUGAACCACUUAAAUGUGUCAAAAAAGUGGACAUCUUGAAUGACACAGUGUAUUUUUAUUGGACAUGUGUUGCGUACUACCAUAGGAGCUGUUAUGUACCUGUUAUGGUAGUUUAUAUUCAGGAUAACAAAGUAUGACAAAGGAUGACAAAUGAGACUUUUCAGAAACCUUUCCUUUGUUACGCUGUGUAAAAUCUUACGUUAAAAAUCGUCCUGCAAAACGGUAUGUUUUCUUGUUAUUGGUUCAUUAACGAAAGAAGUCCUUUUCAUGGCUCUCUACCAUUUGCUCUACUUUUCUUGUAAAGCAGUACAAAUUACCAAGUGCUGUGAUGACGUGAACUAGAUUUAUAGCUUUGCUAAUUUGUGUUUUUAAGCUAGAAGACUAUACUUCCUAUGCUGAAAGAGAUUAUCUGCUUGUACCAAUAAAAUGGCUGGUCAUUA